AUGCUCGCUCGCACUCACGCCCGCCGCAUUCCAGCGGCUCUCGCUCGUUCUCUGUCCACCGAGCCUGCGGCGUCAUCUGGCCCUCAGCCCCCUCUUCCUCCCCCUCCUUCGACCUCCGCCUCGGCAAGCCAGGCGAAGCUCACGAGGACCCGUCUAGGGCCCACUCCUCCUCCCAGCAUCCUUCGGACGAAACCAGAUCCUUCCCGUACAGACUCCACCCGCGCGCUCCUCGAAGCGGUUGUCGCGCGAUUCGACGCCCCUAUACGCUACGCAUUUGCGUACGGUCGGGGUGUUCGAACAAGAGGUUACACCUGCAAGCGGGGAAGCGGUGGAGGGAAACCGAUGCUCGACUUCAUGUUCGCGAUUGCACCUGGUGUGUGGUUCAACUCGAUGGUCACCAUGAACGGCGUGACGAUUAAGUACGGCGUCACGACGGUCGACAACCUCUGUUCAGAUCUCCUCAACUGGCGCUCGCUCUACCUCUCCGGGCGGAUGCACAAGCCGAUCCGGAUCAUCAAGGACGACGCCCGCGUGCGGCUCACGCAGCAGGUGAACCUCACCUCCGCCGUGCGCACCGCGCUCCUCACGCUCCCCGCCGGCUUCUCCGAGCGCGAGCUCUUCGCGCGCAUCGCCGGCUUCUCGUACGCCGGCGACGUGCGCAUGCUCCUCCCCGCCGAGAACCGCGGCAAGGUGGGGAACAUCGUCCGCAAGCAGGCGCCCCAGUUCCGCGAGCUCUACCACCGGCUCGCGACCGCGCUGCCCGGCGUGCACUGGCCCGCGCACGCGGACGCGCUCGAGCAGGACGUGAGCCCCGCGGCGCGCGCGGCGCACCUCCGCAAGCUGCCCUCGCACCUCCUCGCGCGCGUGACGGGCCGGUACGCGGCGCGGCGGGCAUCCCGCCGCGCGAGGCGGACGAAGCUGCAAGGAAUCGUGCGGGGGCCGUCGACGGUCCAGACGCUGAAGGGCGUCGUGAGCGCGGGCCCGGUCAAGAGCGUACAGUACGCGGCGCAGAAGGUGUCCAAGUGGUGGACGGGCUCAUCCUCGAGCUCGCCGUCAUGA